CAGAUUGUACGAAAUUUAUCCAAAUUUACUUUCGCAAUGGAGGCGGAUUUCGAAGUGCAGAGCGAACUUGAGAAGGACACCAUCCCCAUCAAAAUUGGCAUAAUUGGAGAGGCCAAUCUGGACAAGCCCAUCUACUUGGCGGAGCGCAUGGAGUAUGCAGUAUGCACGCCGUUUGGAAAGCCAUCCGAUGUGAUCAUCGAUGGCCGGAUAGAAGGCGUCAAUGUGUGCCUGCUAUCGCGCAAUGGCCGCAACCACGACAUCAUGCCCAGCAACAUUAACUACAGGGCGAAUGUGUGGGCCAUGCGCAAGAUGGGCUGCACCCACAUCCUGGUGACCAAUACGUUCAGUUCGCUGAGGGACACCUUCCAGCCGGGUCACUUGGUGGUGCCCAACGAUGUGAUAGAUUAUACAUCCAGGCGUGCUCAGACCUUCUACGACGGCGCCGUGGGUAGUCCAUUGGGCGUCUGUCACGUGCCCAUGAAUCCCACCUUUUGCGAACGCACCAGGCAGCACCUUCUGAGUGCCGCCGAAGAGCUGGGAUUCCCGACGGGAUCCAGCGGCACGGUGCUCACACUCGAAGGACCGCGUUACUCCACCGUGGCCGAAAACAAUAUGUUCCGCAAGUGGGGCGCCGAUCUGCUGAGCAUGACGCUGUGUCCCGAGGCCAUUUUGGCCAAGGAGGCGGGCAUUCCGUACGCCUCGCUGGGUCUGGUCACCAACAUGGAGUGCUGGUGCGCCAAGCAGCCGAACGCAACCACCCACGAAAUCAUCUACAUCUUCAAGAAGCAAUCCGAAAACCUCCAGAAGGUCCUGACCACGGCUAUUCGGAAUAUGGCUGCCGAGGAUUGGGCCGAGGAUAUUCUAAAGGCAAAGAUUCUGGUGUGCAGCAACUUUGCUAAUAGUAAAUGAUGGUCGGUCUUGUGAAAGGUAUUGUUUUAAAAUUAUGAAAAUAUAAAUUAUAUUAGCGUUCGUUUUGGAUUGUUCUAUGCAAUGGCGCAAAGCUACUUAUCUUGACCUAAGAUAGUUAUGCUAGAUUAUAAGCUACAAAGAGCGAAGUGAAUCCAAUCGGAAGCUAAUCGGACUAAUCCCGA